AUGGCGACGGUGUCGAUGGACGUCUCGAAGCCCUCGGCGCUGACGGCGGCUGGACACGAGGCUGCCACGGCGAAGACGAGGGGUGGCGGCGAUGGUCUGGGGAAGUACUACAACAAGCACAUCCACGACCUACUCCUCGCGGUCCAGCAGAGGACCAAUGACCUAAGCCGCCAAGAGGCCCAGCGUAACGAUCUCAACUCCCAAGUUAAACUGUGCCGGGAAGAGUUGCAUCUGCUUCAGGAACCGGGUUCACAUGUUGGUGAGGUUGUGAAGGUGAUGAGCAAGUCAAAGGUUCUAGUAAAGGUGCAUCCAGAAGGCAAAUAUAUUGUUGAUGUUGAUAAAAGUAUAGAUAUUGCAAAGCUCACACCUUCCACACGAGUUGCUCUUCGAAGCGGGAGCUAUAUGCUUCAUGUUAUUCUGCCCAGCAAAGUCGAUCCAUUAGUUAACCUUAUGAAGGUUGAGAAAGUUCCUGAUUCUACAUAUGAUAUGAUUGGUGGUCUUGAUCAGCAAAUUAAAGAGAUCAAAGAGGUAAUUGAGCUUCCAAUAAAGCAUCCUGAGUUGUUUGAGAGUCUUGGGAUUGCGCAACCAAAGGGUGUCAUUCUCUUUGGCCCUCCAGGUACUGGAAAAACAUUACUUGCUCGUGCAGUUGCUCAUCACACAGACUGUACCUUCAUUAGGGUGUCUGGUUCUGAGCUGGUUCAGAAGUACAUUGGAGAGGGUUCCCGGAUGGUUCGUGAACUUUUUGUGAUGGCUAGGGAACGUGCACCAUCCAUUAUAUUUAUGGAUGAAAUAGACUCCAUUGGAUCAGCUAGGAUGGAGUCAAGUGGCAGUGGUGAUAGUGAGGUUCAGCGCACCAUGCUUGAGCUUCUGAACCAACUUGAUGGUUUUGAAGCAACGAACAAGAUUAAGGUUCUCAUGGCAACAAACAGGAUAGACAUUUUGGAUCAAGCCCUCCUGAGGCCUGGACGCAUUGACAGGAAAAUUGAAUUUCCAAAUCCAAGUGAAACUUCCCGCUUUGAUAUUUUGAAGAUUCAUUCAAGAAGAAUGAACUUGAUGCGCGGCAUUGAUCUGAAGAAGAUCGCUGUGAAGAUGAAUGGAGCCUCUGGAGCAGAGCUGAAGGCUGUUUGCACAGAAGCAGGAAUGUUUGCCCUUCGGGAGAGAAGGGUGCACGUCACCCAGGAGGAUUUCGAGAUGGCAGUGGCGAAGGUGAUGAAGAAGGAUACAGAGAAGAACAUGUCUCUGCGGAAGCUCUGGAAGUGA